AUUAAAGGGCCUUCCCAACUGGGAUAAAUCACAGUUCUUAAUAUACUGCCUCCCCUCAAUAAUCCUAAUCCACUCCCAGUCCACAAGAAGAGACAGGGCAACCAUGGCGAGCAGCAGCGGAAUCCGCAGUUCUUCCCUCGUCAUCCUUCUUUGCCUCUGCUGUUUGAUCACCGUUGUCACCUCCAUCACCCCUUCCUUCCUUCAUAAAGUCGUGCGCGAUAGCAACGACGACUACAAGUGCGUGUACACUAUCUACGUCCGGACGGGGUCGAUCUGGAAGGGCGGCACGGACUCGGUCAUCAGCCUGGCGAUCGCCGGCGCAGACGGUUACGGCGUGCUGAUCGAAGACCUGGAGUCGUGGGGCGGCCUUAUGGGCCCCGGCCACGACUACUUCGAGCGCGGCAACCUCGACGUCUUCAGCGGCCGCGGCCCCUGCAUCUCCUCCUGGCCGCCCUGCUGGAUGAACCUCACCUCCGACGGCUCCGGCAGCGGCCACGGCUGGUACUGCAAGUACGUCGAGGUCACCACCACCGGCCCCCACAUGGGAUGCAGCCAGCGGGUCUUCACCGUCGAGCAGUGGCUCGCCCUCGACGCCAGUCCGUACCGCCUCGACGCCACCCGCGAUCUAUGCCACGACGAUAUCGCCAUCGCGUCUGGAAAGGGGAGGCACGUGUCGCAUGGGCAGUGAUGAAUGGAUCCAGAUCCGGAUCCGGAUCCACCGCUUGACUGGUCCCUUUUGUCGACCUUGUGAUCGCCCGUCUUGUCCUGCUUCCAGGGAGAUUGAACCAUCGUAUCGGCUCUUUUGUUUUGAUGUUUCGUAUCGUAUCGUCGUCUACUAAAGUUUCGGUUACGAGAAUAAAACGGACGGUGUUGUGUGUGCUAA